UCCCCCCCUUCCGGCGGAAGUAUUUCGUAUAGCUGAGGCCUCAUCACUUCAAUGGCGACCGAAAACUGGUUGAAUAAAGAGCUGGUGCUGCUGCGGAGGGGGGUCGGAGGAGUGUGAUAGCAAAUAAAUAAAUAAAUAUAAGCCUAAAUAAUCAUAAAUUACAACUCAAAAUCUUCACACAUUAAACAAUGGCCGACACAACGGCCAAAAGUCAGAAUGUAUCGUUCCUUGAAUCGGAGCUGUAUUACCUGAUUGCGCGUUUUUUAUCGAAAGGCCCUUGUCGGAAAGCGGCAGAGGUCUUGGUGGGGGAGCUAGAGGAUUACGAGCUUCUUCCAAAACGAUUGGACUGGGAAGGCAAUGAUCAUCCCAGAACGUACGAAGAUUUGGUUCGUGCGAACAAACAUGUGGCUCCUGAUCAUUUGCUGCGGAUUUGCCAACAAAUCGGCCCACUUCUGGACAAAGAAGUUCCAUCAUGUGUGGCAGGGGUCCGAUCCCUGCUCGGUGCAGGGAGACAGUGUUUACUCCGAACCGCCAAAGAUUGCAAAAAUGUUGUUUUGAAGGGCCCAGAUUUUGCAGCUCUCCACAGAGGAAGGCCACCAGAGUUGCCUGUGAACUACAGAGGCCCUCCAAAUCUGGUCGAGGUUUAUCGUGGGAGAGAGCUGACGGGAGCAGACCGUUUUAGUUCAAUAUGUCCUGUGAGCUCCUACCAACACAUGAAGAUGCGCAGGAGAAUCCUUGGUCAUCUUUCAGCUGUUUACUGUGUUGCAUUUGACCGCACUGGACAGAGGAUUUUUACUGGCUCUGAUGACUGCCUGGUGAAGAUCUGGUCCUCCUUUGAUGGCAGUUUGCACUCUACACUGAGAGGCCAUUCAGCAGAGAUUUCUGACCUGGCUGUUAACUUUGAGAACACUCUCAUAGCUGCAGGCAGCUGUGACAAAGUGAUCCGAGUGUGGUGCCUCCGGACCUGCGCCCCAGUGGCUGUGCUGCAGGGCCAUUCUGGGUCCAUUACUUCCUUACAGUUUUGUCCAAUGGCUAAAGGCUCUGUGAGAUACAUGGUGUCUACUGGAGUGGAUGGGACAGUCUGCUUUUGGCAGUGGGAUGCCAACAACAUGACAUUUAACAAUCGCCCACACAAGUUUACAGAAAGACCCAGACCAGGAGUACAAAUGAUUUGUUCUUCAUUUAGUGCCGGUGGCAUGUUCUUAGCAACUGGCAGCACCGACCAUGUGAUUCGAAUGUAUUUUCUUGGCAGUGGGAGCCCUGAGAAAAUUGCAGAACUUGAGUCGCAUACGGAUAAAGUUGACAGCAUUCAGUUUUGCCACACUGGGGACAGAUUUGUGAGUGGCAGCAAAGAUGGAACAGCUCGAAUCUGGAAUUUUCAGCAGCAUAGGUGGAGAAGCAUUUUGCUGGAAAUGGCUUGCACAUUAGAAGGGCCUGUAACCACUCCAGAUGAGGAAAAGUUUUUCAAGCCAAAAGUGACAAUGAUUGCUUGGGAUCGACAUGAUAACCAUGUUAUCACGGCUGUUAAUACCCAUCUGGUUAAAGUGUGGCAUUCUUACACGGGGCAACUGCUUCACAUCUUGAAGGGUCACGAGGAUGAAGUGUUUGUGCUGGAGCCACAUCCCUUUGACCCCAGAAUUGUGCUGUCGGCUGGGCAUGAUGGGAACAUCUUUAUAUGGGACAUAACCAAAGGCACAAAAACGCGGCACUAUUUCAACAUGAUUGAGGGCCAAGGUCAUGGUGCUGUGUUUGACUGUAAGUUCUCACCAGAUGGACAGCACAUUGCCUGCACAGAUUCUCAUGGGCACCUGCUCAUAUUUGGAUUUGGAUGCAGUAAGCCUUACGAAAAGAUUCCAGACCAGAUGUUUUUCCACACUGAUUACCGGCCGCUUAUUCGAGACGCCAACAAUUACGUCUUGGAUGAGCAGACCCAGCAGGCACCCCACCUCAUGCCUCCACCCUUCUUAGUGGAUGUUGAUGGAAACCCACACCCCACUAAAUACCAGAGGCUUGUCCCGGGAAGGGAGAAUUUUGCAGAUGAGCAACUGAUUCCUCAACUGGGAUAUGUUGCAACAAGUGAUGGCGAGGUUGUGGAGCAGGUGAUCAGCCAGCAGACCAGUGACCAUGAUGAACAAGUCCGGGAGCUCAAUGUGCUUGAUGGCAUUAUCAGACAGUUACAGGAGCAACAGGACCAGAGGAGUAGAGAGUCAGCAGCCCUCCCAAAUGGGCCACAAAACCAGGAAGGCACCCCUAGAAGAGUUUUCAGAAAUCCAAGUGUCGAAGUCCAGUCCUCCCCAAAUGUUGGCCUUCGUCGUAGUGGGCAGGUUGAAGGUGUGCGGCAGAUGCAUCAGAACGCUCCGAGGAGCCAGAUGGCCACGGAGCGCGACCUUCAGGCCUGGAAAAGAAGAGUUGUGGUGCCAGAGUUGUCACCCUACAUACUCAAGAGACAGGAAGAGUACAGACUAGCAAAAGGGGGAGAGGAGUUGGUUCUGUAUACAACGGAAAAGAAAAGAAAGUCCUUACAUGGAUCAUUCAAGGAUGAUUCGGAUGAUGGCAGACCACGCACAAAAAGAAAAACGCGACCACGUCGGCCAAAGCAGACAAGCUAUCGAACCCGUAACACUGCAGUAGAUCAGUUUGUUGAGUUUUCUUGUGAAGAAGGGGAAGAGACUGAAAGCUCCUUAUCUGAAGAGGAGAAUGAAAUAACAGAUAGUGGAGCUUUUUGGAUUUCUAAUGAGGAAGAAGAGGCUGAAGAGGAGUGGAAAAGUGAAAGCAACAGUUCAAGCAACUCUUCCAGUGAGUACUCUGACUGGACUGCAGAUGCAGGUAUCAAUCUCCAGCCUCCCACCCGCACCUCCUCCAGGAGGAGAGCGAGGCGCAAGCUCAGCAGCUCGGAGGAGGAAGAGUCAGCUGAGGAACAUUGUGCCGAGGCUCCAAAACCAAAGAAGCCUAAAGAAAGAACACCAAAGGGUCCAAGUCAAAGACCAGCCUUAAACAGAGAAAUAUCAAAUGAAUUCCGUCCUUCUGCAUGGAUCACUGACGUCAUCCCCCGGAAGUCCCCAUUCGUUCCCCAAAUGGGCGAUGAGGUGAUAUAUUUCCGUCAAGGCCACGAAUCUUAUGUUGAAGCGGUGAGAAGAAAUAACCUUUAUGACAUCAACCUUGACAAGCAACCAUGGAAAAAGUUGGAGCUCAGGGAUCAAGAGUUUGUUAAAAUUACUGGAAUCAAGUAUGAAGUUUGCCCUCCGACACUGUGCUGUCUGAAGCUUUCUCUCAUAGAUCAUGGCACAGGGAAGCUGACGGAUAAAUCGUUUUCUGUUAAGUACCAUGACAUGCCUGACGUAAUUGAUUUCCUUGUUUUGCGACAAUGUUACGAGGAAGCAAGGCAAAGAGACUGGCAACCAAAUGACCGAUUCAGAUCGGUUAUUGAUGAUGCGUGGUGGUUUGGGACCAUCUUAUGUCAAGAGCCAUAUCAGCCAGAGUACCCUGACAGUCACUUCCAGUGCUUUAAAGUUCAGUGGGACAAUAAUGAAAUUGAAAAGGUUAGCCCUUGGGAUGUGGAACCUAUUCCAGAAAAUGCUCAGCAGCCUGAUCAGAUUGGUGGAGGUGUCCCAGUGACCCCCGAGGAACUGAGCAGACUGAUGUAUCAACCUCAGAAGGGAGAAUGGGGAUUAGUAAGGUCCAUGGAUGAAGAAUGUGAACGAAUUAUCAGCGGCAUUGAUCAGCUCAUGGUUCUUGACUUUGUGACCCCCUUUGCUGCCCCUGUGGACAUUCUCACGUAUCCUGCAUACUGUACAGUAGUGGCAUAUCCUACAGAUCUUGGUACUAUCAGGAUGAGGCUUGUGAACAGGUUUUACCGGAAGAUCUCUGCUCUUGUGUGGGAGGUGAGAUAUCUUGAACACAACGCCAGAACGUUCAAUGUGCCAGGAAGCUCAAUUGCACGAUCAGCAAAGAAGAUCACUGACAUUCUCCUCAAGUUUAUCAACAAGCAAGACUGUACAAACAUUUUGGAGCUUUAUGGCACAAUGGAUGAAGAGACCAGUUCAGAAGAACAGGAACAGAAUGACAAUGACGCUCCUGGAACAUCGACUGGAAGAAGACUACGUCAAUGCCGGAGUGGGAAGAGAAGCACUGUGGAAGUAACCUAUGAUGUAGAUGCGUGGAAGCAGCAGUGCAAAUCUUUGCUGGAGUACAUCUUUCAGUGUGAGGACUCUGAACCUUUCCGGCACCCUGUUGAUGAGAACGAGUAUCCAGAUUACCUGAAUAUUAUAGACACACCAAUGGACUUGGAAACUGUGAGGAAGGUGUUGGAUGAAGACCGGUAUGAAAACCCAACAGAGCUUUGCAAAGAUAUCCGGUUGAUAUUUAGCAAUGCAAAAGCCUUUACGCCAAACAAGCGGUCUAAGAUCUACAGCAUGACUUUGCGACUGUCUGCGUUCUUCGAGGAGCGCAUACGAUCGAUUAUCUCUGACUAUAAAACAGCUGUGCAACACAGUGCAAAACUCCGUCGCAGUCAGAGAUUCAGGAAGAAACUGCAGCACAGAGAAGCUUCAGUCUCGAGUAGUCGUGCUUCCAGUCCGGAGAGAAAACAGAAACAGGUGAAACUUCAGGAAAAAGUGGAAGUGGUUUUCUCCAAGAAGUCUACAAAAUCGACUAAAGCCUCCUGCAUCUUGAAAUCAACGAGAUGGAGUGGAGGCACUAGCACAUCUGGAGACUCCUCCAGUGAAAACUCGGAGAGCUCCUCCGCCUCGUCGGUGUCAUUUAAAAACAUGAAGGCGAGAACAGCAACCUCAGGAGACAGCUCUGAAGAAUCAUCGUUUGAGAGUGAAAAUGAAUCGCUGUCUAGUGGCUCCGGUGAAAAUGAAGGAAAUGCUGCAAAACCUUCGGGCUCCACUCAUCUCUAUCAGAAUGGUGCAACUAACGCAAGGAACACGAGCAGAAGGGUGACGAGAAAUAAUGCAGCAUUGGACAGGCGCAAACAAGAAAAUGGACACAGCAGAAGAGCUUGCCGUAACCAACCGAGGAAGUCUGAGAGCAGCUCGGAGAAAGAAGAGAAUUCUCCACCUACAAGUGAGGAGGAGGAGGAGGAGGAGGAGGAGGAGGAGCCGAGUCUUGCUAGACGCAAAGCUCCCAGGAGGACAGCUGCUGCUGCUGCUGUUAAUAUAAUGGCAAUGGCUGAUGAAGAGGAGGAGUCUCCUUCAGAGGGUGAAAGUCGUAAAGGCUCCAGCAGAGACCUGAAAAAGAAAUCUCCAUUGCAGAGCCGAUCUGCAGGGGUGGAAUCAUCUCGGCGGAAUGCAGAAGCACAAGGCAGCGGGCACAAACGGCCACAUAGAAAAACUAGAAAAACAAAGCAGGAAGUCAGUUCGGAAGCAGAAGAGGGAUCCAGUUCGGAAAGUGAUGCUAGCAAACGUAGCCCAAAGCGGAAAAUGCCCCCACGAUCCAGGAGGAAAAAGCCUGAAAAGGACCAGGUGGAAGAUGAGUGGGAAGUUGGAGAAGGCCAUGGUCGUACUGUGGCAGCCACACGUGCACAGAAGAAGGCUUUACUGAAGCAUGAGAAAUCUGUCACUGACAAUAAAAAUGGAAGAAGAGAAUCUGAAAACGAAGAAUUCUCUCCCUCUAGUAAUCGGCAAGCAGAUGUUGAAAGGAAGCUGCCCCCUCGAACUGCAGCAAGUAAGAAUAAACGCACAAUACAUUCUGAAGAGGAAUCUGAAUCAAGCAAGGGGUAUGAAAGCAGUCCGAAUAGAAAAAGCAAAUCCUCCACAGCCUCGGAGGAUACUGAAUCGGAGAGUGAAGGAACAAACUCGGAGAGACAGAACUUUCCCAAAAGAACGCUCCGUAGCCGCACCACUGUGACCACUUCAAGAAAAAAAGUAUCAAACAGAGACUCAUCGACAUCACAAUCUGAGAGUACAGGGCAUGAGCAAAGAAGGAGAAAUCUGCGCCAUCGAACCACCUCAGGGACACGAUUAACACCAGGCUCUGAAGGGAAAUGGGACUCGAUAAGGAAGCUGCCCCAUCGAACAGCUGCCACGAUGAAGAAAUACACAGAGGAAUCUGAAGGUACUGGAUUCGAGUCCGAGACAGAACUUCAGAAUGGCAAUUGUAACAACAGGAAACUGCCCAGUCGGGCUGCCAGCAAAGCAAAUACAGAGAGUGACACAAGAGAAGAGGGACCACCGUCUGAGCUCGAGGAGAACACCGUUGUUGGCAGAAAGAAACUUACCCAACAAAGCUCUGCCAGGAAAAAGUAUAAUCCUGGAUCAUCUGAAGAAGAGAGAGCUCAGUCUGAGGGGCAGAAGAAAAAAAUACAAAAGAGGACAAAAUUGCAGCCGCCUUCUUCUAAACGGUGUAUAUGGGACGACGGGUACUCUGAAGAAGAAAGAUCGCAGUCGGAGGAUGAGGUAGGGGCUCACAAGAGCAAGUCUCCUCAUCGGACUGCUUUUAAAAAAAAGAACAUUCGAGCAGAUUCAGAGGCAAACUCAAAAUCGGAGAGGAAUGGCAGAAAAAUGUCGGCAGUCUCGACUAGAAAAAGAAAGCUCUUAAGUGAUUCAGAAGAGAGUGCUGAAUCUGACAGGAAGGAGAAUCACGCAAGCAAAAAAAGCUUCAGGAGAGCCCCUGUAACUGAGUCUGAAGCAGAGGACCAAGAUAGGAGGGAGGCGUCGUCUGAGGAUGAAGAAUGGCAAGGUAGUGUGGUGGGGAAGAGUAGAGAGAGGCAGUCAUCGGGGGUUUCAAGGAAAAGGAGGCUUCCCAGGAAAAGCAUCAGGAAACGGAAAAGGGAUUCCAGCAGCGAGUCCGAAUCAAACAGCAGUGAUUCCUCCAGCUCAGAAUCAGAGUCCUUAAAUUUAGGAACAGGAUCUGGAUCAGAUUCCAUGGACAACAGUGUUGGUAGCUUAGAAAGAAACCCAAAUAAGAGAAAAGGGAAAAGUGCAGCCAACAGCCAGGGGGCUGUCCGGAAGUCUAAAAGAAAACAAGUAAAAUUUGCAGUACAUGACAAAGAAGAUGACGACGGUGAUGAUGAUGAUGAUGAUGAAUUUGUUCCAGGCUGUGGAAAGUCACAGAGAGUCUCUUUGAUCAGGACAAGAAACCAAGGUAGACAGACUGUCAAAUAUGCUGACUUUGAAUAAAGGUAUAAAGGGUAGUCUGUAUCUCAAGAACUAGUUCGAACAGUUGUGUAAAAAAGCAAAAAACAAAACACAAACCUUAAAGACAACGAUUGAUUGUCCUGAGAAGGUAGUAGCACUGGAAUCCUUUAGAAAAUGCUGUGAAUAUAUAUUGUUUCAUUCAGGGAUUAUAUUUUAUAUUUUCUAUGAAAAAAAUUAAAAGUUUGUAAAUUAUGACUGUUAACCAUACAGGCAUUCAACUUGCCAUUUUUGCAAGGUUUAGCACAGAUGCCUUCUGUGCCUCAUUUUGGGGGCUGAUAAUAUAUGUCUGGGGGGGGGGGGGGGGGAAUUAAUUCUAAUAAAUAACAUAACGUGCUUUUAUAAUUGUCAGCCAGUGACAAGUUUGUGCGGAGCAUUAACAGCUUAGGUGCUACGUUAAAAUACCUCUCAUCGUAACUAAUUUGCUGGCUUGAACUAAAAUGUAUUAGCACUGUAUACAAGAGUACAUUAGCAACUCAGGGGUUAAAAAAAAUUUAAAAAAAAUUAAAAUUCUAAUGUGUGCUGCAAUCUAAACCUUGCAUUGUCUUUCAAUAGCAAAAUAAAUGAUGAUUUUGAAAGUAGCAAUUGCUGUUGGUUUAACACAUAUAUGCACUGGCCUUGAACAAAUAAACUACACUCCACCCCAAUAUAGAGCCAAGAACUUUACAUACUGUAUCUGUGUGAGAGUUGUGUGAAAUGAAGCAGAGAGCACAGGAGUACAAAUGUUAUAUUGGAAGCAGUGAUGUGGCUGGAUGGUGUGUAAUGAUAUUGAAUGAGAUGUUAGUAGUGUAAGCAGGAGUUUAAAUGCAGAUUUAAAAUCUACUGUAAAGAAGAAAAUGGCCCUUUAUUACUUUAAGUGCCAGAGCAUUGAAAAGCUAUGUAUUUAAGAAUAUGCUCUUUCCUACUGAAGGAACGGUGACUUUAUCCUAAAACUACUAAAGAUUAAUUUUCAUUCCAUUCAUUACAGAGCAAAAUGGUGGUUGUGUAUAAAAAAUAAAUAGAAAAAUAAAUAAAAAGAAAGUUAACCCUUUUCUUUAAAGUCUGUGUUUGGAAGAAAAAGCAGUUCAUGCCACUUUUUUUCCCCCAUGUGAAAAUUCUGUUUGAAGUCAUUGUGAAAACUUCCAAAAAUGUAAUUGUUCACAGUGGCAUAUUCAAACUCGAACAAAUUCUGCACUAAUUUCAGAUUCUUAAAGCUGCAAAAUUAUGCAUUCUAUAAGCAGUCGUUAAAUAUUUCACUUUUUAUUUAGAGUUCUUAAAGUGAUCAUGGAUUUUGCUGUGAACUUAAAUAAAAAAAAUAUAAAAUGCACAUGGAUAUAGCAUAUGGUUUGUUGGUGUCUUCUGCUUUAAACUUUUUUUUACCAUAUAUAUUUAUAUCUAUGUAUACAAAACUAUGCAACACUUGCAUGUAAACAUAUUAAAUGGUGAAUAUUUGGGAAAAGACUACUUUUUUUUUUAAAUGUCCAAGACAGUUUACCAGCCACUGAUUAUAUUGCUUUACCACAUCAUUACAGUGUCAAAAAUAAGAACUUUAAAAAUGAAAGUGUUUUUGUCUUGCCUAAAUUGUUGGAUUUACACACAUGGGAAGGCAUAGUUAAUGGAGGGCAUUUCUUACUGUCUUCUCAUCUUGAUGUUAAACUUCCUGUUUAGACGUAACGUACAAAAUGUGUAAAAAGAUGUAUACCGCGUGGAGAUGUGUCGUUUACAUUGCAGAUUCCUGGCACGUGUUUUGCGCUUAUUAGUUAAAGUGAACACUAAUUCAUUUAAUACGGUUUUGAUGGAUUGGAGUUAGUUUUUUUUGUUGUUUUUUUUUCCUGAGGCUACAGACUUUUACCCGUACCAUUGAUCUGAAUAGAUUUUCAUUUAUUGUAGUCGGGUCGUUAAUGGAUGAGCCCCUUACAUACAAAAUCACAUGUACAUUUUGUUUUCUAAUCUAGGUUUGUCCUGGGAUUCAUUUUACAUUGUUAAUAAAAACACGAACGGGUGGAGGGGGCAGACACUGUUACUGUGUAAUUGGUUAAUAAAGAUGCAUUUGCCCAAGAAGUGAUGAUUUGAGUGUGUUUUGUUGUUUUUUUUAAACGCGUAGUGUCUCGUGUCAAGAUAAUUUGCUUGUAUUGUAGAAUAACUGAACACCUUAGUGAUCACAAAUCUGUGAUUGCUGUAUCCUUGAGUAUUUAAAUCUAGCUGGAUCAUAGUUAUUUGAUUUGAGCUGGUGAUGAAACUAGAAAUAGGCAUUCAAGAGAGAAAAUACUGUUAGACAUGCUGUGGCUGUUGAUCGUGGU